AUUUGAAGGGCAACCGUGCAACUUCUUUGGUGAUUUUCGCCAACUUGUUAAGCAAAGAGUUACAGAGCAUAUUUGCAGUCCAGUCCAACAAACAAACCGACUGUCCCUCAAUACAUAGAGAAUACAAGUUCAGUUCACGUUUUCAUUCAACUGAAAUCACACCAAAAAUGGGCGAUGAACUAAAGAAAACGACGACGUCAGAGGAAGGAGAGAUGGUGGAUGAUACGACGUUAGGGAAAGAAAUCGCAAUGAAAUACCCACUCGAACAUGCUUGGACAUUUUGGUUCGAUAAUCCUUCAGGGAAAUCCAAACAGGCUGCUUGGGGUAGUUCCAUUCGCCCCAUUUACACCUUCUCCACUGCUGAAGAUUUUUGGAGUGUGUACAACAACAUCCACCACCCAAGCAAGUUGGCCGUGGGUGCAGACUUUCAUUGUUUUAAAAAUAAAAUCGAGCCAAAGUGGGAGGAUCCUGUAUGUGCCAAUGGAGGAAAGUGGACGAUGAGCUUUUCUAGGGGUAAAUCUGAUACCUGCUGGCUGUAUACGCUCCUGGCACUGAUUGGAGAGCAAUUUGAUUAUGGAGAUGAAAUUUGUGGAGCGGUUGUUAAUGUUCGAGUUAGACAAGAAAAAAUAGCUCUGUGGACCAGGAAUGCUGCCAAUGAAACAGCUCAGGUGAGUAUUGGUAAACAGUGGAAGGAGUUUCUGGAUUACAAUGACACAAUUGGCUUUAUAUUUCAUGAUGAUGCAAAGAAGCUUGACAGAGCUGCCAAGAAUCGUUAUUCCGUGUAGUUCUAUCGUUGUAACAGGGACUGCAAUCAAUACAAUCACGCUGCAAGUAUUCUUGUACUACUGAAGAAUCAGCAGUCACUUGCGGCUGCGUGUUUUACCUCUUGCAUUGGCGUUGAUAAUUUUCCUAUAAGGAAUUUGUUCGGUUUUGAUGCUUUUUGAUGACUUAAUUGGCCGUAUAUGACUUGUAUUAGUACCGAUGUGAUAGAGCAUUUGUUGCUACAUCUGCGAAAUUGGCAGCAGUUAGCAUGUUAUGCAUGUUUUUUGCUUUCGUUCCAAUUCAACUUGCUCUUUGAAGAUAAAAAAAAAGUUUCGUGGGGCGGCCUA